UUACUUCCGGUUUUGAUAUGAAAGGGGAAUAUGCUUGUCUGACUGUAUUUUUUCUUUUGUUCAAAACUUCUUCAACUGAACUAUAUUCAACCACUGUAUCAUGGACGUUGAUGGUUCAGAUGAGCGAUUACAGAGGGUACCAAUCUGCACGUCUAACAUCAGUAGACAUUCCUCCUAAUACAGCCAGUGCAUUAAUUGACAUCCGAAGUUCUGCCUCGGAUCUCAGCUGUCCUCAUAAGACUGUCAAUGUAUAUGUGCGUCCAGGAGGAUAUCCUAUAGGGACCCCUUAUAAUGAGUCCUUCCCUGAUAAGUUCCAUCUAAGGAGAAAGUUGGAACACCAUGUCAUCUCCAUCACAAACAACCAAUCAUCAAUUUUAGUUUUACCAACACCUCAGUCGGGCACUUGGUACAUUACAUCAUUUUUACCAAAGAAAUCCAAUGAAAAGAUCACUCAGAAGGGAGUAAACGAGAAGAAAUGUGUGUAUGGGUACGGAGUCCGAGUUAUCACAGCUGUCCAGGAAGAUAUCAAGAUCAUCAACGUCAAAGAGAGAAUAGAUAUCAGUAUCAAGGAGACAGAGGGGCCAAACAAAACUGUAAGAUUCUGGCUGUCAGAUAAUAUGUAUGCUUACUCUGUGGUGCUCAGUGAUUGUACGGAGAAGAUGGAAAACUCAACAAGUAAUGCUUGUGCUGUACUAGUAGAUACCUCAACUGGUAGCCUGCCCUCCACAGACAAUGCUGUAAACUGUCAAAAUGAAACCCAGUGUAAGGUUGAGAUCCACUCCCCAGUAAUCACAGACUGGAAUUACAUCAGAUUUAGGUAUAGGGGCAGUGGCAUCCUUAACUUCACACUCAGCUUCACUCCUAAAUAUUGUCCUCUUAAUAACAUCUACCAAAUAAUUACUGAUGAUGAUGAAACUAAUAUGGAGGAACCAACAGUUAGAAUACAGGACACAGUAGCUGGCUCUGAUGUAAACAACAGUACUAUAAAUAGUAACAUGACCUUGGCCCCAAAAGUAGUGAACUCCAGUCUGACCCAGGAAAAUGUCUGUAUACUGAUCUCAAGCUUAGGACGAUUCCAGAUCUCAAAGGACCUCUUCAAAGUGUCUUUCUACUUUCCUAAUGUUUUCCUGAAUCCAAUACCAAAUAAUGAGAUAAUGGUGUCAGAUGAAGCAGUUUUAAUCUCCGAUCUCAAACUGGAAGCUGACAAGGAUCUGGGGGGUACAUUCAAAAUCCAGGUCAAAAAUGCUCCAUAUAAAAUAAGUGCCACACAGGAGGCAGUUGUAUGGGUCUGUCUCGUCAGGGGUUAUCUCCCUCAUCAAGAAACCAUUAGACAGUGCCCUCAGGGCCUACCAUUGACUGUCCACUCUAAUUCAACCACCCCAGUCACUCAGUACAUCCCCUAUCCUGAGGCAGGGAAGUGGUACCUGGCUCUCCAUAGCCAGUGUACCAACAAAACAUCAAAUCAGAAAGAGCCGUGUUACAUUUUACCAGGGAUAAGUGUGAGUUUAAGUAUUGUGGGGUGUGUAGAUGAUCAGUGUGGAACGUUUGGAUCAUGUAAGGAGUACAUUAGUGGCUCUCACAUCUUCAGCACCUGUCAGUGUUACUCAGGUUGGGCUGGGUAUGGGUGUACCGAUGGUCGUGAUGCAGAGAGUAACGACACCAUUCUGUUGGGGACCCUCCUCCUGUCCCUCAGUAACCUGUUCUUUAUCCCCAGUAUCGGCCUUGCCCUCUAUCGACGCUACUUUCUGGAGGCUCUUGUUUACUUUUUCACCAUGUUCUUCUCUACAUUUUACCAUGCCUGUGACUCCAGUAAAGCUCUCUACCAGUACUGCAUGAUGAAGUACGAUGUACUUAGUUUCUGUGAUUUCUUUGGUUCGUACACAUCAUUCUGGGUCACAACGUUAGCCAUGGCCCGUCUGCCAGAGAAGGCCAAAAGUUUUCUAGUCAUGUUGGGGGUGCUGGGGCUGGCGGUGGGGAUGCAGUAUGAUAAACACUCUCUCUAUGUGUUCCUCAUUCCUAUCUGUUUUGGCAUUAUCAUCAUGCUGACUUCAUGGAUUUUACGAUGUGUAAGAAGACGUCAGCUGUACCCCUCUAAGCGGCGCUACCUGCUGUUCCUGUUACCGGGAGUCUUAUGUGCGGGUACUGGUGUCGUCAUCUUCACAUUCCUGGAGACUGAGGAAAACUACAAGUAUAUACACAGUGUGUGGCACGCCUUGGUGGCGCUGUCCAUUAUGUUCCUGCUCCCGCCCCGACAGGCAGACAAAACAGAAGAACAUUCAUGCUUGCACAAGCCCUGGGAGACAUGUUCUUCUAUCCGUCUACUUGGCAAUGAUUCUGAAAAUGAAUCUGGGAAUGAGGACCAAUGAGGUUGUGUUUUACAUCUUAGAAAAAGAUAAUCCAACACCAAGAACUCUUACUUAAUAAUUGGACAUAUUCAUGAGUUGUGCUACAGAAGAAAUCCACCGCCUAUGAAUCUCUCUAGUAUACUUUUAUUUUUAAGAACAUAUACAAGUAUUGUAUGUAGAAACUUGCAUUCUAUUUUUUUUUUCAUGAAAUAUAAUCAAAAAGAUUAGCUUUCUAAUCCAAGUACUGUUGUACUUUUAAAACGAAUAAAUCUGUAAUAUUGAU